GAUGAUCGACUUUUUCGCGUUCGGCGCAUCGCGAUCGCAUUAGCCGCUGCUCUUUGGAUCGAGGAGGUCAGUGAAAAUCAUUUAUUAAUCUAUUCUCAUUGAAAAUCCAGGUUUAUUGUGGUGUAAAAAGUGAAUUGUAAAACAUCCUGGUGAAUUUUAAUCUCCUGGCUGAGAGAAAUCACUGCGAGAAAGCCUCCACGAGCUGGAAAAAGUGAAAAAUCACGCAAAGGAAGGAAAAACGUGUUGAAUGGCGUCGUUGCAGCAGUGGAACUCUUAUGAUUUUCUUGAUGAAAAUCUCAGCCCAACGAGCUUCUCAGGAUCAGACAACAUGCUGAAGGCUUCGAUUAAUUCCCUAAUCGAGCAGGAUCUCAUGAAUUCAAGCUUCUCAACUGGAGGUGAAGAUGCACAAUCCCUUCCGGAUUCAUCAUUCUUCAACCGAAGGCACUUCAACCGUUUAGGAGUUCCCUGUAUGAGUCACCAAUGUCCGGAGGAUCACUUCCAGUUACCCCAACGAGCCUUCAGCCCUCCCUCAGUGGGGGAGACCUAUCCAAUGAUCCCCUUCAGCUGGCACACCUCUUCAGGGGCUCUGAUCCAAUGCUCCAACGUUCAAUGAGCCUGGAAACUCCCUCAUCUCCCACGGCUGUGCCAAGGAAUCCAUUCUACUUUCCAUCCUUCAAUCAGCAGAAGGAUAAUUUCUUCUCAAACCUCAGCAGUGGUGGUUCCAAUUCACCAGUCAGCGAUACCCCAGGACCCACACUGGAGAAUCUCAUUGAACUUAUGAGUGUCACAAGGAAUCCUCAAUUGGCAGCUCUGCGUGAGUCCCAGAAUGCCCUAAAUGCACUCAGCUUGCUACAGUUGCAGCAACAGCAGAAUGCUCUGAAUAGCCCGCUGGCUAAUUUGGGACUUCUCUAUCAGCUAAGGAACUUGCAGCAACUAACGCCAAAUGGGCACAAUGUGAGCAAUGAUCCGCUGCUGGAUUACAUGGCAAAGAGUCACCGUCAAUCCCUUGCAACGGGCGGUAGUGUGUGCACGUGGUACGGGAAACUACCAGUACGCAAUCACAGCAGCGUCACGUACUCCACGAAGGUUUUUGUGGGUGGGAUUCCGUGGGAAAUGAGUGAGGAUGCCAUCAUGGGGAUGUUCCGGCAAUUGGGCUCGGUGCGCAUUGAGUGGCCUGGCAAGGAUAAUCGUACAUCACGUCCACGAGGCUGUGCCUAUUUGAUAUUUGACUAUGAGGAGCAAGUGCGGCAGCUACUGGAGAGCUGUGAUGUACGCGAGGUAGAUGGUGAGCGGAAGUACUUUUACCGUUUGCUGCCAAAGGGGAAGGAUGCUGAGGUGAUUCCGUGGAUUGUGGCUGAUUCCACGUACAUGAAGCCAUCGUCGCAGAUUUUGGAUCCCAUGACAACGGUCUUUGUGGGGGCAUUGCAUGGGAAGCUAACAGCUGAGGGUCUUGCCAAGAUAAUGGAUGAACUCUUUGGGGGUGUUCUCUAUGCGGCAAUUGAUACGGAUAAGCACAAGUACCCCAUGGGUGCGGGUAGGGUGACCUUUGACAACACAGCGUCGUAUGUUGAGGCAGUCCGGGCGGCUUUCAUUGAGAUUAAAACGCCGAAAUUCAAGAAGAAGAUUCAGUGUGAUCCCUACCUUGAGGAUCAUCUCUGUUCAUUGUGCGAAGUUCAGCAUGGACCGUAUUUUUGCCGUGAGAUCUCAUGCUUCAAAUACUACUGCCUUUCCUGCUGGAAAAAGUGGCACUACCUUGAACACCCACUCUAUCGGAAUCACAAGCCAAUGAGCCGCAAUUCCAAAUCCCAAACACUCGUUGGGAUUGGCCCAAUGAUUGGAACAAAUAUGUAUGGAGGCUUCCAUCGCUAAAUUAAGUUUUUUUUCCUUUUUUUUGCGUCUUCUUUAUGUUUAUCGUGUGAUUCAAAAAAGAAAAAAAAAAGAUUAUUGGUUUGUUCCUCGGGGAAAAAAAAACUCACAGAAACUGAAUUUCUGCACCACCCAUCAAUUUUUUUUUUAAUUUUCUCACCCUUUCCCCAAUUUCCCUAAUUUACUCUACACAAACAACAAUAAUUCAACCAAAAAAAAAAGAAAA